AAUAUUUCUCGUUUUGGGAACGGAAGGGUGAGAGCUAUGCAGCGGAGACGUACAAAUAGGAGUCUGAAUGGUGUAGAUAUACAACGUUCUGAUUGUGUGUUACGAUAAACAGCGCACCAAGGGUUUUUUUUUUGUGUGUAACCCGUCACUACGCGUGCAAUAACUCGGCGUAAACUCAGCAAUCAUUCCAUCAAAAUCACCAGGGAGACCAUUUGCCAGAACCCGCCACCUCCUCGCGUCUCCAACUUUAGGGCACGCGCAAAAAUUUAGUGGGAGAGUUGACGUCACCAGGUCAGGGGUACACAAGGGAGGAGAAAAAGAAGAGGCGAAGGAGGCAGCCAUUUUUUAUAGCGCGCCCCAGUCAAUACUUCAUAAAACGUAAAACACUUCAAAAAGCACACUUCAAAGGGAUGGAUGGAUGGGGAUGCAGGAUUGAGAUGUCAGUCCCCAAAACGGCAGACCACCGGUGAAGAGCAAACAUUUGAAGAUGAAUCUCCUGGGAUUGCUGAACUGGAAGAUUAUUCUGAUGAAAUUGAUGUGGAUGCCUUGUACAGUACCUCCCCUCCCAAUACGCAUCGACAGAUGAAACGCAGUUCUACAAAAUUAAAGAAGUACACCGUGGGGAAACCAUCUGGUCGUAUAAGUUACAAAGUUUCAGAAAAAAUGAACUCAUCAACUCAGCCUCCACACAAAGAUAACAAAACUGUUGAGAAAGUGGAUGAGCAUAGCUCUAGGCAAGACAAAAAAUUAAGAGCCACCAUACGAUCAACAGAACGAGAUCAUAAAAAGACGGCACAAUCUCCAUUCAUGCAUGAUGCCAUGGGUGCAUCAUUGCCAAAAAAUUCAAUUUCAGAUGUUGAUUUCCAGAAGCCUUACCUCAGCCUUGCUCGUAGCAAUAAACUUCAGGUGUCCAUGCCUGUGCCAUUAUCUAGGACUACUCGACAAACCUCUAGAACUGACUGCCCUGCAGAACGAUUAAAAUUUUUUGAGACAUUACGGCUUUUGCUACAGCUGACCACUGUUUCAAAGAAGAAAGAAAGAGGGCAAUGGGUAAACCGGUCCAAUGAACUCAUAUGGCUUGAACUUCAGGCAUGGCAUGCAGGAAGGAGUAUAAAUGACCAGGAUCUUUAUUUAUAUACAGCCCGUCAAACUAUUCCAGAUAUCAUUAAUGAAAUCUUGACAUUUAAAGUAAAUUAUAGGAGCUUGCCUUCUGUGAAAGAAGGGGGAUCUUUUGAUAGCAUGUGUGGUGAAGAGGAGUGUAGUGUGACUGAAAACUGCAGAACUUCAGAGACUCAGACUAUGGCUCACCCAUGCUACCACAAUCACCUUCAGCGUCAGAAGGCAUCUUUUGAGCAGGUAAAAAAGAUCAUGGAGCUGCUAGAGCACGUUGAAGCACUUUAUCCAUCACUGCAAGCCCUUCAAAAGGACUAUGAAAAGUAUGCUGCAAAGGACUUCCAGACAAGAGUGCAGGCACUUUGUCUGUGGCUAAACGUAACCAAGGACUUGAAUCAGAAACUUAGGAUAAUGGGAACUGUCUUGGGCAUAAAAAACUUGUCAGACAUUGGCUGGCCAGUGUUUGAAAUUCCUGCCUCACCUCCUUCCAAAGGGAAUGAAGAUAAUGAUGAGGGAACAGAGUCUUCAGAAACGUGUACAGAGGACAGUGAAGGUGAAGAACAAGAUCAGGGCACUGCAAUGGAGACAUCAGAAGCCAUCAAGAACAAUUUAGUAGACACACGCAGGGUUCAUUUUCGGUUCCAGGAUCCUAUUUUGAGGCAGGGCAAACCUGUGUCUGAGGAUGAUUUGAAUUGUUCUAGAACUGUAGAAUGCAGUGCUGACAUCAGCUGUAGUAGAUACUGCCCUACAUCUAUUUACAGACCGUUUGUAGAUAAAGCACUGAAACAAAUGGGAUUAAGGAAGUUAAUUCUUAGACUUCACAAGUUAAUGGAUGGGUCCUUACAGAGGGCUCGUGUAGCACUGAUAAGGGAUGAUUGCCCACUGGAGCUCAUGAGAGAGUGUAAGGAAGUUUUAAAGGGAGGCUUGCUGAUGAAACAGUACUACCAGUUCAUGCUGCAUGGUGUUGUGGAUGGUCUCCAGGGCCUUCAGAAGACAGAUGUCAACAUAGAUGCAUUUGAAGAGGACUUGCACAAGAUGUUAAUGGUUUAUUUUGAUUACAUGCGAAGCUGGACCCAAAUGCUGCAGCAGUUACCUCAGGCAUCUCAUAGUCUUAAGAAUUUGUUAGAAAAGGAAUGGAACUUCACCAAAGAUACAACGCCAUACAUAAGAGGAGGAGAGGCUCAGGCUGGGAAACUUUUUUGUGAUAUAGCAGGAAUGCUGCUGAAGUCCACAGGAGAGUUUCUGGAUUCUGGCCUUGAAGAGAGCUGUUUUUGCUUAAGUGCUGAAGACAUUGCAGCAUCUGAAGAGAUAAGGAGGUCUGUUAUAGAGACCAGUCGAGCACUGAAGGAGUUAUUUCACGAAGCCAGGGAAAGAGCAUCUAAAGCACUUGGUUUUGCAAAAAUGCUAAGGAAGGAUCUUGAAAUUGCUGCAGAAUUCACUUUAUCAGCCACAGUGCCAGAACUUGUACGAGCUCUGAAAGAAAAAAACUAUAUGAAGGUUCAAAUUCCAGGGCUUGAAGAUUUGCACAUAUUUGUUCCCGGUGUCCUUACAGAGCAGAAGUCACUAACACUACAAUUGCUCAAUGCAGCAGCUGGAAAAGAUUGUUCCAAAGACUUGGAUGAAAUGAUAGAUGAAGCUUAUUUGAUUAUGAUCAAACAGAACAUAAAAGACUGUGAACAAGAUGCCAGCUGGAAUGUCUGGGAACAGGUUGUCAAAAUAGUGCCUCAGGUGGAAACUGUGGACACUUUAAGGAGCAUGCAGGUCAAUAAUCUCCUUCUAGUAGUCAUGCAGUCCUCCCAUUUGGUGACCCAGAGGAAGGCUUUCCAGCAGUGCAUCCAGGAGCUAGCUACUUUACAGCAUGAGCAGACAUCCAGCCAACCAGUUGCAGCUAAAGCACUGGAGCAGUUGAAGAAUGAAGCAUUACAGCUGUGCAAGAAGAUAAGUACAGCCAUUGAUACUGUUGAUCAGAUGUUCAGAUCGGAGCCAGAAGCAGAAGGUGACGAGUCUGCAACACUGCAGCAGUACUAUCGAGAAACGAUGAUCCAGUGUUAUAACUUUGGAUUUGAGUACCACAAAGAAGUUGUUCGACUCAUGUCUGGUGAGUUUAGACAAAAGAUUGGAGAUGCAUAUAUCCAGUUUGCUAGAAAGUGGAUGGACUUUGUGCAGACCAAAUGCGAGAGCGGAAGAGGUACAAAACCCAGGUGGGCAACUCAGGGCUUUGAUUUCCUACAAGCCAUUGAACCAGCAUUUAUUUCAGCUCUACCUGAAGAUGAAUUUCUGAAUUUGCAGGCGGCUAUGAAUGAGUGCAUUGGUCAUGUGAUAGGAAAGCCUCAUAGUCCUAUAACAGCUAUUCAUCGGAAUAGUCCUCGUCCAGUGAAAGUACCUCGAUGUCACAGUGAUCCACCUAAUCCACACCUAAUCAUCCCUGCACCUGAAGGGUUCAGGGGUUCUAGCGUUCCUGAAAAUGACAGACUGGCUUCGGUAGCUGCAGAACUGCAGUUUAAAUCUCUGAGUCGUCACUCAAGCCCCACAGAGGAACGUGAAGAGCCUUCAUAUCCUAAACAGGAUCCUAGUGCCAUGGGAAGGAGGAGUUGGGAACUUCGGACAUUCAUCAGUCAGUCUAGAGAUGUGGCUGUCAAGCAAAGUCCUAUUGAAGCUGUUCGUAAGUCAAUACGAAUGUUUGAGGAGGAGAAGUACUUGCAGAUGAGGCAAAAAACCAUCAUUGGUCAAGUCUGUGAUACGCCCAAGUCCUAUGACAAUGUUAUGCAUGUUGGGUUAAGGAAAGUUACCUUUAAGUGGCAGAGGGGAAACAAGAUUGGUGAGGGUCAGUAUGGCAAAGUGUACACAUGUAUAAAUGUUGACACCGGUGAGCUGAUGGCAAUGAAAGAAAUAAGGUUUCAGCCAAAUGACCAUAAAACGAUUAAAGAGACGGCAGAUGAACUGAAAAUAUUUGAAGGUAUCAAGCAUCCAAAUCUAGUAAGAUACUUUGGUGUGGAACUUCACAGAGAAGAAAUGUACAUCUUCAUGGAGUAUUGUGAUGAAGGCACUUUGGAGGAAGUAGCCAGACUUGGGCUUCAGGAGCAUGUAAUUAGGCUGUACACAAAGCAGAUCACCACUGCCAUUAAUGUUCUUCAUGAACAUGGCAUUGUGCACCGGGACAUCAAAGGAGCAAACAUCUUCUUGACAUCAUGUGGUCUGAUUAAACUGGGAGACUUUGGAUGUUCAGUAAAGUUGAAGAACAGUGCACAGACAAUGCCUGGGGAAGUCAAUAGCACUCUUGGAACUGCAGCUUACAUGGCCCCUGAAGUCAUCACACGGGCAAAAGGGGAAGGUCAUGGAAGAGCAGCUGAUAUCUGGAGUUUGGGAUGUGUUGUGACUGAGAUGGUUACUGGCAAGAGACCUUGGCAUGAAUUUGAACACAAUUUCCAGAUAAUGUACAAAGUUGGAAUGGGACACACACCACCCAUUCCAGAACGACUAAGUCCUGAAGGAAAGGACUUUCUCUCUCAUUGUCUAGAAAGUGAACCAAAACGACGAUGGACAGCUAGUCAACUCUUGGACCAUCCAUUUGUUAAGGUUUGCACAGAUGAAGAAUGAAGCCAUUCAUCUUGUGGACUUGGACCCAUAAUCAACAGUGUAUGUAAUAUUUACAAAGACUAUGCUCUGGAAAGAUAUUGUGCUUUAAACCUAACAUGGCUGAAGACUGCACCAGUGACAGGUGUCUUACUGCUGCUGCUCCUCCUCCUCCUGUAUAGUGACCUGGCACAUGUUGCUUAUUGGACAUAAUUUUCUGCAAGUUUUCAAGAGAAGCUGCAUGUUUCAGUGGAAGUGCCAUUACUACUGUAUAUGGACCAGUGCUUUUAUCGAUGGGCUCCUUCAAAUAAAAAAACUGUAAUAUGAAUAUGUAUCAAAUUGUAUUUUAGGUUCCCAACAUUUGUAGUAUUGUUGCACAUCCUGGACCUUGUGUAAAAUGUUUUUAAUCUCGUUUGUUGAGUGCACUGACUGUGAACUUUUUUGCCAGCUUCUUCAAGUUUAUGCAAAAGCUGAUUGAAGAAAUUAAUUUUUCCAAUAAAUUGUAUAUUUUAGUUAGUCCUGAAUUAUCUUGUUGUGGCUACCAUUAAAAUCUGGUACCACAGUGGCAUUUUCAGCAAACCCCAAAGGCUUUUCUUAGUAAAUAUCACAGUUUUAGCUGUUUACAGUUCAGAUUGCAGUGAAGAGAACAUGCCUGUGUGGCAUGUGUGUGAAAGAAGUAUGUCAGGAAUCCUUUUCCUCCACUGGAAGAGUUCUAGGUGGAUAUUUAGGAUUGUGUUAGUAAGCUGCAGGUUAUACCUCAUGUUCCAUUAUAGGACCUGAUGGUUGUUUCCUUUUGGAAAUCCUAGGUCUUUGCAUUUCCCAUGUUCUCACUGUGUGCUCUUAAAUUCUCUGUUAGCCAUAUCUUAUUGUUACAUGUUAUAUUUUUAUAUUGUUAUUAAAGUAAACUAUUAAAGAAACUUACUUUUGCUUGUUGCUUGGUCAAGAGUCGUGACUGACUAUAUGUUGAUACUGUGUGUUUGAAUCAUAUUGAGGAGCUGCCAAGAGCCUAGAAAAAAAUUAUAUUUCUUGUUACCGAUACUAGGUUUAUUAAUCACAUUUUGGCAGUCUGUCUUGUUUUGAAAUAAACACUUUUUCUGGA